AUGGUCCAGAAGCGGGCAAACUCGUCGAGGAACCCAGGCGUCCAUCGGCCGUUUCUCUCGCCAGGACAUGACAACAAGAGAAAGAGGCGGACAUCACUGCCCACGGCUCCAUCAGCCCACCUGCCCAAGGCCCUCUCGACGGCUCUCACAUCACUGCCCACGACUCCCACCGCGGAGAAGCCCUGGGCGUUCUCAAGGUUAAUCCUGCCAUUCCAAGGCUUCGUCGGCGGCGUUUACCCCGCCCACGCACGUCGAGUCGAUUGA